AUGGGACCCACGGACCCCAAGGCCGGUUUGCUGCAGCCGCUACUGACGGGGAGCAACGGAAGAUUGGAUCAGAGCCAGGCGAAGGCGACAGGCACGCACAAACCCAGUCACGACCAUGAGCACGCGCGUGGUGUUUCGGACUGUCGACAAGGCGAUCGCAAUCACUGUGGCGAUCUCAACCACCGCAGCCACCCGCACACGCACGAGCACGACGAGCACGAACACGCGGACGAGACGGCUCACGCGCAUGGGCAUUGCAGCGAGGUAUAUGAAGACACGGUCGUGGCGGUGGAUGCCAAGGACGAGCCCGCACACGCCAGCUGCAGUGCGCGGUGCGGGUUCGCAGACGGCGUGGCGGUGGGCACGGUGGAGGACCAGGAGCGCGUGAAUUUGCGGCAGCGCCUCGUGCUCGCCAUCGCACUCUCGCUCGCCUUCAUGGUCGUCGAAGUCGUCGGAGGGAUCUGGUCCAACAGUCUCGCCGUGCUCACGGAUGCGGCGCAUCUCCUCUCCGACAUCGCCGGCUUCGUGUUGAGUCUGUUUGCGCUGUGGAUGGUGGGGUGGGAGGCGACGCCGCGGCACACGUUUGGGUACCACCGCAUGGAGAUCCUGGGCGCGCUGGUGUCCAUGCAGCUCAUCUGGAUGAUCACCGGCAUUCUGCUCUACGAGGCCGUCUCCAGGCUGAUAUCGCAGACGGAGUCGGUGAAUGGGAAGCUCAUGUUCAUCACAUCGGCUUUCGGCGUGGGCGUGAACGUGCUCAUGACCCUCAUUCUCGGCCACCACCACCACGGCCACGACCACGGCCAUGACCAUGGGCACGACCAUGGGCAUGGGCACGAGCACGGGCAUGGGCACGGCCACGGGCAUGGUCACUCGCAUGGGCAUGGGCAUAGUCAUUCACAUGAGCAUGGGCAUGAGCACGGGCACGUGCAUGGGUGGAAGGAGCCAGGAGGGGAUGGGCAUGACCAUAGUCAUGGCCACGGACAUGCACAUGGGCAUGCAGAGGCAGGAGACGCCAUAGUGACCCUCCACCACAGCGCCAACCACUCUUCCCAGCAUCAACAUCAGCACUCCGCGUCUACUCCUGCAGAAGCAGAACCGACGAGGGCGCGCAACAUAAACCUGGAGGGGGCGUACCUGCACGUGCUGGGGGACCUGCUGCAGAGCAUAGGAGUCAUGGUGGGAGGCGCUGCCAUCUGGUACAACCCGGAAUGGAAGAUAGUGGAUCUGAUCUGCACGCUGGUCUUUUCCAUCCUCGUGCUCUUCACAACGUACCGCAUGCUGCGUGAUGUCAUUGACGUGCUCAUGGAAUCAACUCCACGUGGAAUCAACGCCUCCGAGGUGGAGGCAGGGUUGAAGACGCUACCAGGCGUGGAGGACGUGCAUGAGCUGCACAUCUGGGCGCUCACAGUGGGCAAGGUGAUGCUGGCGUGCCACGUGCGCAUCGACGCACACAGCAACCCCGAGGACGUGCUCAACGCCGUGCUGCGCUUCUGUGAGCGCACGUACCGCAUCAGCCAUGCCACCGUGCAGGUGGAGCGCAGCCGCGUGCUCGCGCUGCAGGGCUCACAGUCAGCUCCGGAUAUAGUGUCGUCGCCACAUGGUGCUGAUGAUGCAUCUCUUGACUCACUUCCAGCCUCCAGCGCCAUGACCGCCUCUGUUUCGUAG